GAUUGACGGAUUGAUCAUCUCAACUUUUCAACCGCAAAAGUCACAAGAAGGUAUUAUCUGAUAUCAGAUACCCACCCAGCUCGAGACUAGGAUACUAUCGCGAGCGGCAUAUCACGAUGUUCUCACGCACAUUAUUCUCAGCAACCCUGCGGCAAGCCGCCCGACCCAUCGCCCGGCCGGUGAUUUGCAGUCGGCCAACACCCUUCCUCACAACCUUCCAGCAGCGAUUGCUCUCCGACCACACGCGGCAAGCGAUCGAGAAGGCCGUUUCCUCAGCUCCCGUUGUGUUGUUUAUGAAGGGUACUCCCGAAACGCCGCAGUGCGGUUUCUCGCGCGCUAGCAUCCAGAUCCUCGGUCUACAGGGCGUUGACCCCAACAAGUUCGCCGCGUUCAACGUACUAGAGGACCCAGAGCUAAGAUCAGGUAUCAAGGAAUUCUCAGACUGGCCCACGAUCCCGCAGCUUUACAUCGACAAGGAAUUCGUCGGUGGAUGCGAUAUCCUCAUAUCAAUGCACCAGGAUGGUUCGCUAGCCAAGAUGCUCGAGGAGAAGGGCGUCCUAGCCCCCCUCGACGGCACAUCCGAGUCCAAGGAAUAGAGCAAGUAAAAAAGAGCGCAGUAUGCGAGUAGCAAUGAUUCUGCUCCAAAAUAGAAGCUAGACGACGUUUGUACGAUUUGGUUAGUUAUGCAUAUAUAGACGUCAGUAUGUAUUUAAUGCGGGAAGACUUGGUCGAGCUAGGGCUAUCCAAUACGAUAUCGUAUGACCAAUUGACGACGUAUAUCCACGAGAUUUCGAGAUGAUAUAAUAAAUACAAUCACUUCGGCGAGUAACAGCACAAAGCAAGGUGUUAGUAGCAUCUCGU